AUGCCUACGCACAGAAAAUCUUCGACGCUUACUUCCGACUUUCCUAAUCACCCUCCAACCAACAGCCGUCUCGAUGCUGCGUCCUCCUUGCGCAAUGGUCGCCACACCCGAGUAUCAUCCAUGACUAUACCCAGGUCUUCCGCCGCCCUACCUGUAUCACAUCCUACCCAAAUAUCCCUCCACGUCCGCAGGAAGACUUUCGCUGGAGAUAUGAAUGCCGCUACUCGCAAUCUUCUCCUUGACUUUGAAGAAAAAGUCGCGCUUCUUGAAUCCAGAAACAAGCACAUAUCUGUCGAGUUGGAAGCCACCCGGGAUGCCCUUGUCAUGGAACGCGAAGAACGUCAGACCGUCCUUUCCCUGCCUGCGCAGCGACCAACUACUCUCGACGGUCAAGUCGGCGACCGGUCGGCGAUUUUAUGGGAAAGGAAACUUCGAAUGGAUAUCUUGGCGGUCCUGAAGAAAGUCAGGACUCAGAAUACCGUGCUUUCGCGUUCUGUCCGAGAAUACCAGGACCAAUGUGAAUCUCUGUCAAGUCUCCUCGACAAGGAACUCAACUUCAAGCUUUUCGAACACAAUAAAUUGCUCGUCAACAGAGAUUUAGCAUUUCAAAGAAUAACGUCCUCUUUCGAACCUCAAGCACCGGCAGAAUCCAGUCAAGGAUGUGUCAAUGAUUCUGCGUCCUCUGAGGACCAGUGCCGAUGUUCCCUCCGCGCUCAGCUCAAUUCCGCGAUCGAUGAGCUUCACGUGGUCAAACUCCAACUCGCUGUUUCUCAAGAGAAACGCGUCAGUUUGGCUGAACGUAUCUCAUCUCUUCAACGCCAGAUGAGCCAAUGUGUUGACUUGUCGGCACAAGCGCUAGAAGUGGAAAGGGACUUGCGAGACGAGAUUUCCCAUCGUGCUAGCUUAUUGUCAAGCGAAAACAUUAGACUUCAAGACAAAGUUCGAGUCUUAGAAGAAAGGCUGCAGAAACGUGCUUCCUUGAGCACUCCGGCUGGCAGAGGUUCCCUGAGAAAACGUCCCUUGCAGACACUCAAACUUUCAAAUUUGGCAGCCUCCGCUAUUUUGAAGACCGACCUUCCAUGUGCCUCCGAUACUCCUUCGACGCCACAGUCAGCAGAUUCGAGUGUCCUUCUGACUCCAGACGCCGGAUCUUUAUCUGCUCCGCCUUUCGUCUAUACUGAUUCACCUACCCUUGCCCCUUUUCCUGUUGGGUUAUCGAGUGAUUUAUCUUACUCUGAUGCUCGUCAUCCUCUUCACUCUUCAGCAUUCACUUUGACUGGGUUGACACCUCCAUAUAGAAAGGACGGUCGAAAUUCUGUCAUCCUAGCUGCUACUCUUUCUCGCAAGAGUGCUCCUCUACCGUCGUCAGUUUUGAAGACGGAGUGUACACAAUCUGUCAAUGUAAUAAAUACCUGUACCACCAACCACAUCUUAUGUGACACUAGCUCAUACCAUGUCAAGCCACAUGUACAGCCACGAAACCAAUUGGAAUCGAAACGAGCAUCUGCGAUUCUUGCUGAUAUAUCGCUCAAGCAAUCGGGAUAG